UCUGAUUGGUCAGCUGUCCUGGCAAUAACUAUUACAUUCUGUUUGUGCAGGUGCUACGCAGGGCUCUGAACUAGCCGCUGCUGGAAAGCUAAGGGAAAAAAAUCACCAUCUCAUGGUAAACACUGCGCUUAUCUUGAGUAGCGAGGCUGUGUUCAUUACAACAGCGGAAAGAACUGAGUUUAUCCAUUACAAGAUGGCAUCUGCAAAUGCGACAUAUGGACAGAAGGAAUCCUCGGACCAAAAUUUCGAUUACAUGUUUAAAAUACUCAUCAUUGGGAACAGCAGCGUGGGAAAAACCUCCUUCCUCUUCCGCUAUGCAGAUGACUCUUUCACACCGGCGUUUGUCAGCACGGUGGGAAUCGACUUCAAGGUCAAGACCAUCUAUAGGAACGACAAGAGGAUAAAACUACAGAUCUGGGAUACUGCUGGUCAGGAGCGCUAUAGAACGAUCACCACAGCCUACUACAGGGGAGCAAUGGGCUUCAUCCUCAUGUACGACAUCACCAACGAGGAGUCCUAUAAUGCUGUGCAAGAUUGGUCGACCCAGAUCAAGACAUAUUCAUGGGACAACGCCCAGGUCCUCCUGGUGGGAAACAAGUGUGAUAUGGAGGAUGAGCGGGUGGUGGUGUCCGACAGGGGGCGCCAGCUGUCAGAGCAACUUGGUUUUGAGUUCUUUGAAGCAAGCGCUAAAGACAACAUCAACGUGAAGCAGACGUUCGAGCGACUGGUGGACAUCAUCUGUGAGAGGAUGACAGAGACUCUGGACAACAAAGACCCAACGGUCACCGGAGCCAAGCAGGGGCCACAGCUCAAUGAGCAGCCCCAGAGGUCUCACCAGGAUUGCGCUUGCUGAAUGCACACAAAUGACCCCCCCCCCCCCCCCCACACACACACACACACACACACACACAUACAUACACACACUGCUUGUCCUGAUUUUUCAAGAUUUUUUUAGUCCUGGAUCUUGUUGUUUGUUCUUUUUAAUAUGCAGAUGCAAAACGUCCCUGCACAUAAACACUGCCAUCCAUCCACAGCCCCACACCAGGAGCAGAGUCUGCCCAGAGUUGGGCCUUCCAGGGGCUGUCCUUCUGCUCAGCAACAUUCCCUGAAUCUUUCACACACUUCUUAAACAAACUAAGCUCUAUGUUACCAGAUGUGCAACAGUUGUAAUUAUUGUUCCUCUGAAAAGGUGUUUGUUGCUGAAGUUGGUAAAUGUAGGUGUUUUGGAGGAUCUGAAAUUCUCUUUUUAGUGUUGUGGUGGACUUUUAGGGAGAUUUUGGACCCAAGUUGGAUGUUCAGGCAGAGUUGUUCUUAAACUAAGAAAUUAUUUAAUUCAUUUUAUAUAUUUAUCUUCAAGACAGAUAGUUACAAUAGAUCUGAAAAGUACUCAAACCUAUGUUUAAAAUGUAGGGUUUUGUGACUUAAGAAAAGGCCGUGAUAAAUUAUCUCAAAUUAUUUUUCUUUAUUAAUGAGACAUGCAUCCUGUGUAAUCCUACUGAAAACAAAUCUGCUUUAGUAAAAGAAAAAAAAUAGAAAGAUGCAACAACCCAGAUGCAUAAAUGUUCACACCCUUAAGCUAAUAUUUUGUUUUAAACAUUGAGUCUUUUUGGCUCUCCACAGCUUGGUCUAAACGUAGCCAGAUAUCUGGGCAAAAAAAUACAUGUUUUUUGCGUUUCGGCUUUUCAUCCACACAAAAAAUGUUUAAUAUCACUACAAACAAUUAGUUCUAAAAACUCCCAGCUUAAUAAGGAGAAUUUUAUGAUUAUUCUUAUUUGUGUUUGUGUGUACAUUGGAAAACAGACAUUUACAGUCUGCCACAAAUAAUGCGGCAAAUAUAUCCACAUGCUUGCUUUGACAUGAUUCCCAAUCAACAUAAUUUUAUGUUUUAAUAAUCUGAUUAAAAGUCGUUCAACCUACAUAGGUGUCUAACCAAAUGAUACUCCCGGCACCACAUUUUCUUCCUAAUAGGAAGCCGUGUUUUUUUUUAUUUUUGAAGCAACCUGUGAUUGGUUGCAGGAUUGCACUACACUGCCCCCUAAAGGUGUGGCAUGUUUUUUUUGUUGUUAUUUUUUCCUCUCCUCCAGGGAGUCUUUUUGUGGGCUCUCGUGUCUCUUAUAUGAAAGUAGGCUGACAGGAAAAACGGAAGGCGAGGGAGGAAGAAAUGCUGUAAAUGUCUCCAGGUCCGGGAAUUGAAUCCGUGACAGCCGAGUCGAAGGCUCAAGGCCUUCAAAUGUGGGUCGUGCUAUCUCCUACGCCACCACAGCACGCCCCAGGUGUGGCAUGUUUAAAACCAAAACUCACAGACAAAUCUGUUUGGGUCCAUGUAGAUGAAAUGUUUUCUGAAACUGAUCCCAUGUAUACAAUAUUAUUUUUUUAAAUAAUAUGGCAGAGAUAUUUCAUUUUAUAAAGACCCAGUUACGUGUUUACAAGGCUUUAGUAAUAUUUACCCACUCACAUGUAUUAAAGUUCUCCAAAUCUACCCACUUGUGAGGACUUAUGGUUUCCACAGGCCUUCUCGGAUUCAGAUUCGCUUCUUGGCUCCGGUGAAGACAUUCUCCUCAGACUCACAGUGAUGCUAAAACAUCAAAUCCAUCUUCAACUUCAGCUUCCUAGGAGACACUUUGGCGUUUUGUUUGGAGUUGUGCAUAAUCUUACCCACUGUGACAAAAAACAUUUUCCUCUGAAGAUAAGCAACCCCAGAGCAUAAUGCUGCCACCACCAUGUUUCAUUGUGGGUAUGAUGUUCUUUUAUUGAAACUGGCUGUUAUUGUGGCCCAGAAAAUCCAUUUAGGUUUUAUCAGAUGGUAGUGGAAGUUCUGGAUGUUUGCAAGUCAGACAUCCCAGCUCCUUUUUUUGUUAUUGCAUAUAGAACACACCCAGCACUUUUUCCUGCAGCUCUUUCCGUGUUGCUGUUAGUCUACUAGCAACCUCACUGACCCAGUGAUUAUAUUUAAUUAGUUCAGCAUCAUAGCUUCAUCAGUUUUCGAGAAAUGUCCUGUUAACAUGGCUGUUGUACUGUGGCCCUCAGGUGCAAAAUACUACAUUAACAAGGCACAAUUACAAAUUCAAAAACACAACAUUAACGAAAGCACUACAUUAAUGAAGCACAAUUACAAAUUCCAAAACACAACAACAUUAAUGAAAACACAACAACAAUAAUGAUAGGACUACAACACUAACAAAACACAAUUACAAAUUCAAAAACACAACAUUAACAAAAACGGAAAGAGUAUUUCCCAGUUGGAGUCCUGAGAAAUUGCUGAUUGGACACUAGGCAUGAAUACUAUAUGCUGGGUCCCACUUUUACGUCACCGCCAUCUUGAAAGUGGCAGUGGCAGUGCUGCAUGGACUAGUUUCAAUGGUUUUACCGUACAAAGUGGACCCACCGGCUUUUAUGUUACGUUUUUUAAUUCAUAUCUUGAAAUAGCAAAUGCACAUUGAAAUAUGGAAUUGUGUUAAUAUGUUCAUGAAUACAUCACUGUAAAGGUAUGUGUGUUCAUCAAUAAAAACAAUUGAUCAGAAUCAGCUGUAUCAAAUGUAAUUAUUGUGCCCUAAAACUAUGAAAUAAUCACAUCAAAAAGUACAAAACGUCCUUUUUUUUCCAUUCCUAAAUGAUAAUGUGUGAGAGUGGCAUUCAUUAACUUGAAAUACUUUGCAGAACGGCACUUUACGAAGUUCAGUCCAUUUAUUUGUAUUAGCUUGCUGGUAGAUAAGUCACUUUUAAUAUGGCGGAUGCUAUAAUGUGUUGCAACAACGGGCCGACCAGUUCAAGCGAUAACGUCCGGUUCAAAAGUACUGUCGUCCAAUCAGCGAUUUCUCAGGUCUCCAACUGGGACAUACCCUUUCCGUUUUCGUUAAUGUUGUGUUUUUGAAUUUGUAAUUGUGCUUCGUUAAUGUUGUGUUUUCGUUAAUGUUGUAUUUUUGUAAUUGUGCCUCGUUAAUGUUGUAGGGUUUUGGACCUCAGGGCCACCGUACUGUUGUCCCUAUUUUAUUGAUAUCUGUUUGCAUUGUGCUAUGAUUUGAAUGUAAUUCUGAGAAUUUUUAUGUACCAUCUUCUGACUGGUACCUUUGAUCUGUUCUGCAGAGCUAUAGCUAAAGAUGUUGGUAACAACAUCAGGAAAAGAUUUAUCUCAAGAACAGCAGAAUGUUAUUUAUAUUUAAUCAGAUUUACUAUGAUUUAUAUAGUGAUGACGUUAGGAAGACUGAGUCAAAGGUAUUAGUUUCGGGAUUUGCACACUCAUGCAACUAGAUAAUUAACAUUUUUAUUUGUUUUCUAUAUUCCCCUCUAACUGAUGUUUGUUUCCAGAUGAAUUGAACAGGAUGCCUGUUGGACUAAAUGUGGGAAAAGUGAUUAUUUGAUCAUACUUUUCUUUAUUUCACACAAACCUGGCAAAGAUGUUUUUACUUUUGAGAGCAAAAGUAUAUAGUAAAUCUCUAUGAAAAAGUUAAGUCAACAUUCUGGUUGGACUUGGAUAAAGAACAGCAUAACCUGGACGUUUGAUGCUUUUAUAAAACUCAUUGAGCAUUGGCUCUGAGUCAUACAUAGGAGAAUAUCAAAUGUCUCUGGCCACUCAAGAUUUUAUAAAUAUCUAUAAAUGUCAAUAAAUAUGCAUUUUAAAAUGCAGAUAUUUAGAGUAUCCAUAUAAACUGAUUGUGAAGCAGUGAAUGGAUUUCUGCCUGCUGUAGUCAGAGUUGCAUGUUGUUGAUGUUUUUGCGCUUCUUCUGACUGGUUUAUUUGUAUGAGCUGUUGAUUUUACUGGUUUUACCCUCAUUACUCCCACUCCCUCUAUUACUUUAAAAUGCCAGAUGGGUGUGAGAAGUUUCUGAUGUUUAACACUUGAUACCCCACAGCUUUUAUUCAGUGCAUAUAGUGGGUGUUGGUCAUUCCUCCCUUCGCCAUUCCACUCUUCUGCAGUUUUAGUUGUUUCCUUCUGUGCAUCAGAACAUUCUGUACCAAUCAUGCAUCAAUCUGUUCUCAGCAAAGGUACGUCUUGUACCCACUUUAACAACCAGUAAUAGAAACUUUUAAUGUCCUGCUGUAGGAAAUCAUUUGAUUUAAUUCAAUUUAAAAAACAACUUUAUCCUAAAAGGAAAUGAAAUGUCUUAACUCAUCAUACAAGUAUCUUUAAAGAGUUGUUGAAGGUGAUGCUGCAGGUACAAAGGAUCUCCAGAAGCAGUCAGUAUUGCAACAAAUCUGAAUAAACCUCUGCCUGAAACUUGUUUGCUGUAUGACAGUAUCAUGGCUGUCAUGAGAUCCUAACAGCUCAGUAUCCAGGCAGCAGAAACAAUAUUCCCCAGUAACAUGUCCUGGAUUACUCCAUGAGUUGUUUGGAAGCUCUGCUAAUCCAUCUCAUUUGCUUUUGCCACAUCUUUUUUACAUCUUUGUUUGGCUGUAUAGUCAGAAACCAAGGAAGAGAGACAUUGGAGUCUGGGAUAUGACUUCUAUAAAUCAUUUUUAAGGAAUAAUUUCAUAAGAAACGAUUGGAAAAAAAUUUAAUCUAUGGGAAUUGGGUUCCAUUGAAAAUCUUACAAAAUUUAUUCAGAAUUAAAUUAGACUACAUGUAUGAUUAGAGCUAUGUUUUUUUAUCCUCCUUCCAUUAUUCUUCUUAACACCCAUUUAUUGAGAGACAUAAAAUUAUGCACGUCGGUCAAGUAGAAAUUAAAUGGCUUGUUUGCUGGUACAAAAUUGAAGUAGGUGGGAAGAAGAUGAGGUUCUAAUGAAGAGGUGAAGGAACACACUGACCCAGAGACUAAUUGGACUAUCAGAACCCCCAGGUAGUCAGGCAUGCCAUCAGAACUGAUCCGUCUGUUUUCUACAUGUUGGGAUUUUUUAGGCUGUCUGCUUUGGUUUAUGCCGAUGCGGUGAAGGAUGUGUCUGCGCUUGUUUUUACUACUAACCAACUCAUGCAGUCACAAAAUCGCAGAGGCAUGUGCCAAGUGUUUCACAUCAAUUAUUUAUUUUUGUAUUCAUGACCUAACUUAUUUUUUGUAGUAUUUAAGAUUAUACAUUACAUUCUGCACGUUUUGAGGAGAUGUUUGCUCGUACCCUGGCGUUUUCCAUCACUUCUGUUCCUAUGAGUGUUAGCAGAGCAGUGUGUAGGAUGAUUCCUUUUGAUGGGGGAGAGUAGAGCAUUAAAACAUUCCAGAGUGAGAACUUAUCAUGCUCAAGUAGCUUUAGUGAGCAGUAUGUUUGUCUUUUGAUAUCAGUUUUGUAAGUGCUAUGACUGCUAUUUUUUCACCCCCACACUCAGUUAAGACAACUUAGAUUUGUAACACGAGGCGCGUGUGAGUAAAAGCAACUGAAUAAAGAGCAUUUGCAGGAUUUUAUUUUAUUUUUUAAGUAUUUGGAAUAAAUACUUAAAACAAUUCCCUGAUUGUUUGGUUAGAAAUGUUCUGUUGAGCUUGUCUGCUGUCAGAAAGGGAAAUCACUGCUGCAGGUUACCUGAAUACUCUGACUUCUUCAUCAAAUACGGUAGUGAUUUUGACUAUUUUUGUUUAUGUUUGACUUGUUUACUGAUUUUUUUUUUAAUUAUUAUAUUUAUUUAUUGUGUUUUGCUACAGUUUUAACUUUGCUGAAGAGUAAAAAACAUAUCAGUCCUGUUCUCUUUCAAUGAUCCAUGGCAGAAUUCCUAACUGUAAAUAGGAACAUCCUUCCUGUCUGUGAACUGUGUUGUAAUUCUGUAAUACCAGGUUUACUAAAAUAAGGAACCAAUAAACCGUAAUAAAAGCAGGAGGUUUGUGUUGGUUCUAUUGUUGUUCACAAGAACUAAAUUUUUUUCAUGGAGAUUUUGCUGAUUUGGGGAAAAAGAACACAUAUAAAAUUUUAAAUUAUUAUAAUCAGAAGGUGUUCAUUUGAGUUGAACAUGCUGGCAUUGCAAGUUCUGCAAGUUCACUUUCUAAAUCCUAAAAAAGUUGUAAAUAUUCUUUGGUUUUAUAUGUUGGGUAUUAAGAAACCUUUAUGUCUUAAAAUGUGGUGUUAGUUCAUUCAGUAUAACUAACAUCACUCUUUUUUCUUACUGAGAAAGGCAGCAAUCUUUUUUUUGCAUUGCAGUAAAAGUUGAGACAUUUGGGUUAGAGACAAAACUACAAGUUCCAAGGUGCACUGGAACAAACUGCCUUUCAAAAUGGAUUGUUUAACAUUCAGAUUUCCUUGCAGAUCUGCAUAAGAAUUAAUUCUGGCUUAAUUAAUGCCUACAAUAAAAGUUGCAUGUUCCUGUUAUCACCUGGUUUUUUAGAGUGUAGAUAGAUUGAAUCACACAAUCAUACAAUAAUCUCAAAUACUAGAGCUAAAGACAUUCUUUUGUUAAUUUUUUUUUCUCAUGGUGAUAAUGAAAAAUAAAAUCCUGCUUUAUCUUUAUUGUUUCCUACUGCUAUCAGAGAUUUAAAUGCAUCACAGCCAUGUUGGAUUUCCAUUUCUCAAACUUUCUUACUUGGAAUCCAGGCUUCAGUAUUUUUUCCCCCAUUCUGAAAUUAGAAUUGUUGAGAUAGAAGAAAAAACUGAAGACAUUAUUAAACUACAUCCUCCAACCAAACUCGUGUGCCAAAAUGCUUUUUUGGUUUUGAUUUUAUGACUAAAUAGAAUAAGUCUUAAUGUAGGCUAUUCUUAUCUUUUAAAAUGUUUGUCAGUUAAUAUUUUAGCCAGCAGAGGGCAGUUGUUUUGCAGACUGAAAUUUACUUGAACUUGACCUGGUUUGGGGUCAAAGUUAAAUUCGGAUGCAUUUUAUAUAGACAGACACUUUUUUGUAAUUUGUAAAGGUUAGCCUUUUUCACUUACUUAUAUCUUCUUAGCAU